GGGGUGUGGGAUGAAGGGCCCUGGGGAUAGUCCCUCGCGGUGCAUGCGGCUGUAGCGGCUCCGCGGACAGAACAGGUUCUUUCCAGUUUGAGUGCGAGCUGCGCGCGCGCGGCGCCGCGGUCCCCAAGUUCCUCCUCUGGGGCCCACUUCCCCCAGUUUCGUUAACUCGUGCACCCUUACAGUUCCCGUUUCGGGAGGGCGGGAAGAAGUGUCGCAGUGGCCCCAGGGGAGCUGGCGGCCGGGCUGCUAAGGGUGUCCAGCUUCUCUGCCCCCCUCCCCCCCCUUUCUGCAGUUGCCGCAUCCGUGUUGAGCGAAAGGAUGUGAGCAGCGGGGCUGAGUCAGCAUCUCCUGCCGGGGGCGCACGCGUACCGUCCUCCCCCGGCGGAAGCCGAAGUCCACACAGGUGUGUGGCCGCCUAGCCCACGGGGAGCUUCUUGUAACAGAGGGACCGGGUCGUUUAGGGAGUACGUGCCCCUCAUCCUGAAGUGCUUGAUCCCAAGAGCACUGUGAAUUCCGAAGAUAAUAUACGGGAAACCUCAGUUACCAACGGUCCUUUGGACAAAGCGGUGUGCCCGAUCCCGGGCGUUUCGGAGCCGGCGGGGACGCAGACUAUUUUCUAGGGUCCACCCCAUGUCCCCACUGUCCAUUUGGGACUUGCUCGGAGGAAACCUUACAGAAACAUGAAGCCCUCCACCACCUGGGACUCAGAAACUCACCGGGGGCUGACUGCGGCCGCCGGAAUGCCCAGGUGUUCUGCAGAUGUGAGCGCUGAUCCUGCACUCACCAGCUGGAGUGCCGACCAGAUGCAAGGCUUAUGCUUCGGCUCUGACAUCUCUGAGCACAGAGGGGUCGCUCUCUGAUCGGCCACAGGGCAGUUGUUGACACUGAUGUCUGAUUGCUUCACAUAGCCAGUCAUCUUAGGGAGCUGCAGUGGGGAAGGUCAAAGCUGGGGGUGCAGGCUUCCUGACUCUUGAUUGGGACUCUAGAUGGGGGACUCACUUCCACAGCCCCCACCAUCCCUGCAGGCACCUCCACCUCCACCAGGACACUGGGCCUCAGCACGCUCACCUUUACGGUGAGUGAGCUGGAAUAUCUUCUCGCAAAAACACUGAUCUGCAGGAACUCCCUGCAGUGCAAGUGAGCAGAAGGGGACUCCACGAGAAGUCUCUAGUGGCGGCCCGCCAUCAGUCCAUACCACCAUGGCCUGGCUUUUCCUAAAGGCUUUAUUGGUGGGGGUGACUUUCUUGGGAUGUCUUUAUCCUCUUGUGAAUUUUUGCUUCAAUGAGGAAACAAGGGGCCAGAAACCGAAUUUCGUGAUCAUUCUGGCAGAUGACAUGGGGUGGGGUGACCUGGGAGCCAACUGGGGAGAAACAAAGGACACUGCCAACCUGGACAAGAUGGCUGCCGAGGGCAUGAGGUUUGUGGAUUUCCACGCAGCCGCCUCCACCUGCUCACCCUCCCGGGCUUCGCUGCUCACUGGCCGUCUGGGCCUUCGCAAUGGAGUCACACACAACUUUGCGGUCACCUCUGUAGGGGGUCUUCCGCUCAACGAGACCACCUUGGCCGAGGUGUUGCAGCAGGCUGGCUACGCCACCGGGAUGAUAGGCAAAUGGCAUCUUGGGCAUCAUAGCUCCUAUCACCCCAACUUCCGAGGCUUCGACUACUUCUUUGGGAUCCCAUACAGCCAUGACAUGGGCUGCAUGGAUACCCCAGGCUACAACCACCCCCCUUGUCCGGCGUGCCCACGGGGCGACAGACCAUCAAGGAGCCCCGACGGGGACUGUUACACUCACGUGGCCCUUCCUCUGUAUGAAAACCUGCGCAUCGUGGAGCAGCCCGUGAACCUGAGCCGCCUGGCGCAGAAGUACGCUGAGAAAGCUACCCAGUUCAUCCAGCACGCACGCACCAGCGGAAGGCCGUUCCUGCUCUACGUGGGCCUGGCCCACAUGCACGUGCCCUUACCCGAGACCCAGCUAUCGGCGGACCCACGGGGCCGCGGGCCGUACGCUGCAGGCCUCCGGGAGAUGGACAGCCUGAUGGGCCAGAUUAAAGACACAGUGGACCGCACAGCAAAAGAAAAUACAUUCAUCUGGUUUACAGGAGACAACGGCCCGUGGGCUCAGAAAUGUGAACUGGCGGGCAGCGUGGGUCCCUUUGCUGGGUCGUGGCAGGUUCGCCGAGGGGGCAGUCCAGCCAAGCAGACCACCUGGGAAGGAGGGCACCGGGUCCCGGCCGUGGCUUACUGGCCUGGCAGAAUCCCCACCAAUGUCACCAGCACUGCCUUGUUAAGCGUGCUGGACAUCUUCCCCACCGUGCUGGCCCUGGCUGGGGCCCGCCUGCCCCAGGGCCGACACUUCGAUGGUCUGGAUGCCUCUGAGGUGCUCUUUGGCCGCUCGAAGACUGGACACAGGGUGCUGUUUCACCCCAACAGUGGGGCAGCUGGAGAGUACGGAGCCCUGCAGACGGUCCGCCUGGAGCGUCACAAGGCCUUCUUCAUUACUGGUGGAGCCAAAGCCUGUGAUGGGAGUGUGGGGCCCGAGCAGCAUCACGAGCCUCCACUUAUUUUUAAUCUGGAAGAUGACGGUGCAGAGGCCGUGCCUCUGGAAACAGGCAGCGCCGAAUACCAGAGCGUGCUGCCCAGGGUCAGAGAGGUUCUCGCAGACGUCCUUCACGACGUUGCCGAUGACCACAUCUCCAAAGCGGACUACACGCAGGACCCUUCGGCAACUCCCUGCUGUAAUCCCCACCACGUUGCCUGCCGCUGCGGAACCGCCUCCCCGACCCACGUUCCCUUGAGCAGAAAUGUCAGGAGCGAGACGGGCAAGUUCACACCCUAACUUUGGUCUUACCCUCUUUACAGUUACUUGCAUUUUAAAAAUGAGUCUCAGAGUUUUGCUUGGAAGCCACCACUUUGCAUGCCCCACUGUCCCUGCUGCGCUGAAGGCCUGAGAGAACAACCGGGAAGAGCUGUGAUGGGAAGCACACGGGCUCGAGUCAGACCAGGGUCAAGCCCCAGCUUUUGGACUCGGGCCCUUACUUAACCUAACUUGCCAGCUGAUUUCGAGGAAUCCACCAGGCGAUACAUGAAAAUGUCUGGCCUAUUACCUGACCUUUGAGGCAGGCACUCAAUAUGGUUUAGUCUUUUUUUUUUUAAAUGCAUCUGGUUUCACUGGUCAUUUUAGUAGAGAUUUGUUCCACCUGGCCCCUAGAGCAGCGCUUUUCCAUCUUGCAUGUGCACACAGACUGCUGGGGAGCUUGUGACAGGACGUGUUCUGACUUGGUGGGUCUGGGCUGGGGCCUGAGGUCCUCCGUGUCUAGGACACCCCGGGGUGGGGGGUGCUCAAGCAGCGUGGAUGCUGCCUAGACAAACUCAGGUGUGUCCAGGGCUCCAAGCAGAUAAGUCCAUGGCUCUCCCCAGUGCCCCCACCCCCUUUUAAAGGUCAGAUGGCUGUAUUUUAAAGGCCUUAGGAGUUCUUCCUGCUUCCUAAAACCACAAAGAAGUACAUUUUGAGAGCCUCAAAACUGCAUUGCCAUGAUUUUAUUAUUAGUGUCCUAAAUGGGACUCAAAGGUAGUAAGUGAUUUAUCCCAAUCACUGCAAACAAUACUUUGCUUGGCUAAAAUAGUUUCUCCCUCUGUGUAUGUAAUAUACAAGAAAUACAGUUCGAAGACACUUUCCUAUAAGUACAUUUUUACACAGCAUACAUUUAAAAAGGAUGCCCCUUUUUAAUAUAAAAUUCCAUAUAGACCAAUAUGGUUAGUUAGUAUUGACAUAAGGGCUGUAAUAUAUUUUAAAUAGCAGGACGUGUAUACCGUGUCUCCCGUACCCACUGGCAGCCAGGGCUGAGGAGGAGGGCUUGCUGAGCAGUGAGCCACGUCCUGGGGCUUACGUGGGCGGCGCCUGGGAUUCCUGCCCCCCAUUCCGCGCCCACAAUCGCACUCCAUUCUUCCACCUUCCUUGUUUUCUCCAAGACCACCUCAUAGGGGGUGUCCUGAUUUCUGAGGUGUGCUUCUCAUCAUGACUGCUUCGUUUUGCCCUUCUGACUUCCACGGCACAAGAUUAUCUACCGAAAUCAAAACAGAAUGGCCUUACUCUCUCCAGGAAGAGGCUGUUAGGCAGGCUGCAUCACGAACAGAUCUGUGCCCGUGCGGGGCUGGCGGGGAGGCUGCGCACCUCCGCCACGGAAAACUCACCCGUCCUAUUUAGGUGCAGGCGAGUCUGGCCCAGGUUCAGGAGACACUGACUAUAUAUAUAAAAUAUUUGUGUGUGUAUUUAUAUGUAUGUGUGGAUUUCUCUAAAAGGCUCAUCUUGUAAACACAGAUCACUAAAUCACUAUUAAAAAGUCAGUAACUGCCCCGGUCCUGGUCCCCCUACUCUUGCUCACUAGAGUAAGGCUCGUGUCAGAAGGUGCGCCCACUUGUCGUAGUUGGUUUGUCACUGGAACAAAGGUCGCCCACCCUCCUGAACUCUGCAUCUUCCUAAGGUACCAGAAACAAUCAGUUCUCUUUUCUUUCAUUGCCGUCGGAGCAAAGUAAAUCCCAAGGAGGUCAGAGAGACCAUAUCCAAGGAAGGGUCAGUAUUUUUUUUAAAAGACCACUAGUGAUGACCCAUGCCCUUAAGGUAAAGCUCCCUGGAGCCCCUCAGGAGAUUACCCAGGUCAGCCCACACUCGUGUCUGCAGAAGUGACUUUAGCCAAGUUGAGGCUCCGAGAUUCUUUCAUAAUCCUGGACAUUUCUGAGGAAUGUAGGUAGAGACAUGAAUUCUGGACAGACACUUCUAUACCAGGCACAGGAGGACAACGGCAGAGAGGAAGCUGCCCUAGCGUCUGCAGUUGAGCAUUACAGCCAGGAAGGGCGUGACUGAGCCGGUCCACGAGGAGAGAACGUCCCAGUAGCGCCCGCGUCUCUGAACCUUGCACGCCGAGAUGGGGAAACCUGUCUGCUACCGUGUCGGUGUCAGGGGCCUGGCCCUCUCCUCACUGUCACCCGCAGGCUCGAGCUCAGGCUGGGGGCUGGUGGCCUCUGUGACACACACCACCGGCUCUGCACACAGGCUGCCCAACACUUGCCAGGGCCUGACCGUCGUUCUAGGGGACCGCUUCGGUGAUCUCACCGCAGGCAGCCUUCCUUGUAUGUGAACACAACCCCUGCCAUAGUUUAAGCCAGCUUUCCCUCCUUUGGUCCACGAGGGAGACAGGGCAGCUGGCUCGCACACAGCUUGCUGGCAGUGCACAGGCGAGCAGGCCGUGGGGGUAGGUCUUAAGCAUCUUCAAUUUUUUUUUUAAACUCCACACAAAUGCACUACAUAGCAUACCUAUAAUUUUAUGCAGGUUUUCUUUGGCAAGAGACUAUCUCCUGAACGCCGAUGUCCGAACUACCCAGAUUCUAUAAAUAUCAGAGGUUGUAAGGCCUGCUCUGAUUCUAGUUAAGAAUAUAAUAACCUUUUAUAGCAGUCACAGACUUUUACCAACAUUACUGAAAAGGAACCUAAUAGUCUCUUUUAUCCCCAACCGCAUCUGACUUACUCUGGCCCCUGGAAGAUGCACCUUCAGGUAAAUAAGCACCAACUUGUGGGUGACAGAAAAAAACCCUUUACGGCUAGUUGGGGCCUGAGAAUCCAAAGGCAAAACAGCUUGGUACUCUGGGAGCGAGCAAGCCAACAGAUGUUUUUAAAUUUAUAACCAGUACUUUUAAGAACUACUGCUUUCCACCCCUAAAAUAUAAGCUUUACUCGUUGGCAAAGCAUUUGGCAAUCUGCCUAUUAAGGGCCAGAAUGUGAAUCUCAAGCGGAGAUUCCUCGUGGGAACCCACACAGCCACAAGAGACUCCACUCACGCACAAGGGACCAGACCUUCACUCCGUCCUUUGGCAAACGGAAUCUCAACGGAUACAAUGGAAGGACCAGGAGAAAAGAGGGCACACCAAGACCUACUGGGCACUGAAGCAGAGCCCACAUGGCUAGGCCUCUGCCUCCGGGAGGGUCACUCAGGUGGCUCUCCAAGUCCCAGCCCGAACACUGCUUCUGUCUCUGCGUGACUUCCGGUAGACCCUCUGGGGUGUUCUCUAACUGAUGCUCACCAGGGCAUCCACAUGGUGCCCUACAUGGAAGCUGGAAGAAUCAGAAGCUAAGGAGGCCGUGGCAGCCACCCAGGGAAAGAAUCCUCCGUUCAGACAGGGAUGCCGGAAGAAGCCAAGCCCAGUGCCCAGCCAACCCUGGGGCCUUUGCUGCCAGCACAGCCAAAGCAGGAUGCUGGGAAACCCAGCCGGUGUUGCCCAGGAGUGCUCUCUGCACAGCCGUCAAUGAACGGGGGCCUGCAGCUGCUGCAGAGGCUGGGGUCUGCCCGGCCAGAGCUGGAGGGCGGAGCGUGCCCACAGAGCAUGGGCCCAGGACUGUUAGACUAUCAUCUUUAGUCCAAAGACAGAAGCAGUUUGCAAAAGCACCCUUAGGAGCCUCACAAAAAUAAGAGUGAA